CGCGGCCUAUUCCUGCCGUGGGCGCCUUGGCUUCGAGUAGCGAGGCGAAAGUCCCGUUCUUCCGUAGCGCAUCCCUCACAUUUGACCAGCUCGUUGUUGUAGCUCUGCAGGGCCGCGCCUUGCUGCGUCAUCGCCGCCGCCGCCGCUGCGUCGCCUUGUCGACCGCCGUUGCCGCCGCCGUUCCGCGCAUGCGCGGAGGCGGGGACUAGUCUUCCUCCGGGUCACCGCCGCCGUUCGGACGAGGCAUGGAGCUGUCGGCGGCGUGGAGCGCGCUGAGCCGCGGCCUGGUACCCCCGGAAGCCUUGGGGAUGGAGGCACUGCCGCCGCGCGACGACUCCGACCUGCGCCUGGCCUGGGACGCCCUCCGGCGCCACGGCCUGCAAGACGCCCUGGAAGAGUGGUUCCUUGAGGUCCUCCAGAAGGACCUUCAAUCCCGAGUGGGUCCCGAGUUUUGGCGCUGCGCAGCAGCAGCAGCACCCGGUGAACCGCAGCACGCCUCUCCCCUCCCAGACGCCUUCCGCAAGCUGGAGGAGCACUUGGCACCGUACCUCCACAGUGCCGCCCUGCUGGAGGAGUGGGAAUCCGAGGGUGCCACCACCGGGCGCCUGCGCAGGAAGCUCGACACCCUCCUGCGUGCCGUAGUUUUCCGGGUGCCUGGCGCCAAGCUCCAGGAAGCACUGGGCGAGCUCUAUGGGCGCAGCUUCCGGAUCUUCAUGGUGGGAAACUUAACGCGGGAGGAAGCAGAGGCAGUGUGCCAGUACGCGGGAAGCGUAGCGCGCCUGGAGGAGCUGAACGGCAUCCUGCACCGCCUCCAGCUCCUGGAGCGCCUGGCCACGCCCGUAGUCACCGCCCUCCUCCACAGUAUGAUCGCUGAGCGCCUGGAGUCCACCUGCCGGGGAUUGUUCGAGCGCUCCUUCCUGGCCGACUUCCACGUGUGGAUCGAGAGCGUGAUUGGCUGGCUCAGCUGGGUCUUCCUGCAGGGGAGUGGGGAUUCCGGGGCAGACCCCACCCUCCACCGCUGGCGUUGCCACGUCCAAAUGUUAUUCUACCGCCUCUACACCGCCCUGCGGAUCGAGGAGCUAUUUGGCAUCAUCCGAGAUUUCCCCGACUCGAAGCCGGCCAUUAAGGACCUCAAGUUCUGCCUUGAGAGGACCAACCAGCGGCAGAACCUCCUCAGCUCCCUGAAAAGCGCCCUGGAGAUGCGGCUCCUCCAUCCCGGGGUAAACACCUCGGACAUCAUCACCCUCUACAUCUGUGCCAUUAAGGCGUUGCGGCAGCUGGAUCCCUCAAUGGUUAUCCUGCAAGUGGCUGGGGAGCCGAUCCGGAAGUAUUUAAGAACCCGCGAGGACACCGUGCGGCAGAUCGUGGCAGGCUUGACGGGCGAGGGCUCCGGUGACCUGGCCCACGAGCUCUCAAGGGCCGACCCCGUGACCCUGGACAACGGGCAGGAGAGCGAUGAGGAGGCCGGCGGUGAGCCUGAAGAUUGGGUGCCCGACCCGGUCGACGCCCACCCAGCCGGAAAGCCCCACGCCAAGCGCCGCUCGGCCGACAUCAUCACCCUCCUGGUCAGCAUCUACGGCAGCAAAGACCUCUUCAUCAACGAAUACCGGACCCUGCUUGCCGACCGGCUGCUGCACCAGUCGAACUACAGCGCUGAGAGGGAGAUUCGGAACGUCGAGCUGCUGAAGCUGCGCUUUGGCGAAACCCAGAUGCUGUACUGUGAGGUUAUGUUGAAGGACAUGGCGGACUCUCGCCGGAUCAAUGCCCACAUCCGGGACGAGGAACAGAAACUUCCGGAAGGGCAGAGUCCCCCCUUCCCCUUGGCGGCGACCAUCAUCUCCAGCGAGUUCUGGCCGCCCCUCAAGGAGGAGAAGCUGGAGCUGCCAGCCGAGAUCUGCGCCGCCAUGGAUGCCUAUGCCCGGAAGUACGAGAAGCUCAAGGCCAUGCGAACGCUGAGCUGGAAGCACCACUUGGGCACGGUCUGCCUGGAGGUGGAGCUGGCCGAUAGGACCCUCUCGCUGUCCGUCACGCCGGCCCAAGCAGCCAUCAUCCUCCACUUCCAGAGCAAGGGCACCUGGACCCUGGAGGAGCUAAGCUCCGCCCUCAAGGUCCCGCCUGCCUCCCUGCGCCGCAAGCUGGCCCUGUGGCUCCAGCAGGGGGUGCUGCGCGAAGACCCCCCGGGUACCUUCUCUGUCGUCGAGGAGGCGCCCAAGGAAGCGCCCGACAAGGUGGUGCUGGUCGAGAGUGAUGAGGAGGGCGACUCGGCCAUGGCCUCCCAGGCCGACCAGAAAGAGGGAGAGCUGCAGGUCUUCUGGACCUACAUCCAAGCCAUGCUGACCAACUUGGAGAGCCUCCCCCUCGAGCGGAUCCACAGCAUGCUCAAGAUCUUUGUCAUGACCGGCCCCAUGGUCAGCGAGAUCGACCUCCGCGAGCUCCAGAUCUUCCUCCAGAAAAAGGUCCAGGACGAGCAGCUGGUCUUUUGCGGCGGAGUCUACCGCCUCCCCAAGGCCGGGAACUGAAGUGCCGGGUGCAAAUUCCCCCACGGGGGUGAGGGACAUGGGUGCGAGGGAUGACACGGGUGCUGUCUGUUCGGGGACCCCGGCGUCCGAGGGAGCCGGGCGCUCAAAGGUGCGCCACACAAUAAUGGCAUUUGUUCGCAGUCAAGCGCCUGCUCUUUUCCUUUGAGAAUUUAUUGAUUGCAAAGUAAAAAGUAAAAACAAAUAUAAAACCACACAUUUGUUUCUUCCUAUUUUUUCUUUUUGGCUUUGUAAUAAAAUAAAAGAAUAAAAUAAUGCAUAAAGAAUAAUAAAAAGAAAGGAAAAGUCAAGAAGGAAAUGCAAAGAUGCAGGGAAAGAAGAAAAAAGGAAAAAUGCAAAGAAAGGGAGACAGGUAAAGAAGAAAUAAAGGUAUAAUACUACGGUAUUUAUAAAUAAAUUAGAUAGAUAUUUAUAUAUAAAUAUGAUAGAUGGAUAGAUAGAUGAAUUAAGGAAGGAAGGUAGAAAAAGAUAGAUAGAUUAAUUAAGGAAGGAAUGCAGGAAGGAAGGGAGAAAAGGAUAGAUAGAUAGAUCUAUCUGCACACACACACACACACAACUCUGCUUCCGGGAACCUUGUGACAUGCCCAGGCCUUAUGACAUCACGGUGUUCCGGAUCCCCAGGAGAGGGACGCCCGGCCAUGUUGCUGCCGCUGCUUCUGCUGCCUCUGCUCUUCCUAUUGGUGUCGCCGGCCCAGUCCCCGCCACCCGAGCUGGACCCCUACUCGGCCUCAGAGGAGCCCGACGAGAUGGACCCAGAGCCCGCUGAAGGAGGAGGAGGACCUUGGCGCGGAACCGAGGCACUGAUUGAUUUCCCGCCGAGGGGACGCAGGAGGAAGCGGGAGCUGGCGUUCCUCGAACAUGCGCCCCACCGGGUGAGUAUCACACCCCACCCCACCCCCCGGAAAGAGGCGCUGGGUGCCGGGUGGCUGCUCUACGGUUCCCUUCUUUUCUCACCCCGCAGGUCCCCAUCCAGCACCGCCGGGUUGCCGUCGCAAGUAAGGCUGCCAGGGAGUGGGUGUGAAAGGCAGGCCGCCGUAUCCGUUGGGAAGGGCGCGGGUUCGAGUGUCAGAUAGGGGCCACCUUGGGUUCAAAUUUGGACCAGGGGACCGGAUGCGAAACACAGCCCUCUGCAGAAAUUCGAUGGGGAUCCUUAAGAAGGGCGCCGGUUCGAGUCUCCAGCUUGAGCUGACCCUUUUGGGUUCAGAUCUGGGCCGCCUUGGGUUCAAAUUGGGGCCGGAGACUGGGUACGAAAAGCAGGCCGUCGUAAAAAUUUGAGGGAUAUCCUUGGGACCGGGUGUGAGAAGCAGGGUGUGGGUUUGAGCUUUUGCUGGCCCUCUUGGGUUCAAUUUGGGGCCAGGGACCGGGUGCGAAAGGCGAGCCUGCCAUAUCAAUUGGAUGGCGAUCCUUGAGAGGAACGCGGGUUCGAGUCUCCAGCUUGAUCUUGGGUUCAAAUUUGGGCUGGGGAUCGGGUUCGAAACACAGCCCUGCCGUAUCCAUUGGAUAGUAAUCCUUGGGGUGGGCAUGGGUUCGAGUCUCCAGCUUGAUCUUGAGUUCAAAUUUGAGCUGGGAACCGGGUGUGAAAAGCAGCCCUCCGCCGAAAUUCGAGGGCAGUCCUUGGGAUGGGCCCAUGUUCGAGUCUCCAGCUUGAUCUUGGGUUCAAAUUUGGG